GCGGCAGGAGUUACUGGGCAGCCUGGGCCGACGCGUUGCCCGUUCUCCGCGCUCACAGGCCGGGAGCAUCGCUGAACUCGCUGCGGGGCCGGCCGCUGCCGACGCCUGCCUGCGAGCUUCCGAAAAGGCGGAACGCACGCUAGAUGCCGCCGGAUGGCACGGCCGCCCUACCUGGAACGACAUUCACGAUGGUCUGCGCCCCGCGCAGUGCGGCCUGCCUGACACUGGCGAGAGGUGCCAGCCCCACUUUCGCGAGACCGAGUUGCUGUCUGCCCUGCAACCCCCUGCCCGGGCCAGGCUGCGUUUGCAGGCCGGGCCACAGGCCGCCGCGUGGCUCAGCGCCAUCCCAAGCGAGGCUGCCUCCGCUUUGCCCCCCGAUCGCAUGCUCAUAGCUCUGCUGCGGCGGCGGCUGCGGUUGCCCUUGCCUGUCGCUCCACACAGAUGUGGCGCACAUGGCCACGAAUGUGGCGCGGAUGUUGAUGCCUACGGCGACCACCACGCCGUGCCCUCGCCCUGGAACUGCCCGGCCAGCAGACCCGAGGGCCAAAUGGCACGCACGCCUGCCCCUGGCAUCGACCCUGCAGAUCGCCGCCGCCUCGACUUCGUCGCUUCGUGA